AAAAGUUUGUUAUCUUCACAAUAAAAGUUUAUAUCACUUCUAACUGUUGAGACAAAUGCACAUUCAGUUUGAUUUGAUUCACACGAUUCAGUGAUUCUCGAGUAUAUUCGCUACACUUAACCUGUUUUUGGCACCAAUUCAUCAAUCGUUGAAUAUUUGAUUUAAAAAAUCUUUUUUAUCGCAAAAUAUUUUAUGAAAAAUAUGGCUAAUCAAAGGAGUAUUCAAAUAUAUUUAUUUGUUUUUGUGGCCGUUUUAAGUCUCAUGGCAUCGAUAGUACCCGAAGUGUCGAGUAAACCAAAUAUGGAUGAAGUGGCGAAUAUGGCAGAAGCCAUACGCUAUUUAGAGCAACUGGACAAAUACUACUCGCAAGUGGCCCGACCCAGAUUUGGGAAAAGAAGUCUAAGGAAUCUGUUGAAGAUGUCAUCGAAUAACGAAAACAGAGACCAGUCGUCACAACUUGAGUAAAACAUUUACAAUAAAAACAUUUUUCACCAAAAAUACAAACAUAUUUGUAUUUAAAGGGAUUUUCAAGUGAAGUAAAACUCGACGACUCAUUUAAAUGAACAUGAUACAUUUGUCUCUCAAUUAUUGAUUCAUUGAAUCGUUAACCGAAUCUUUUAAUUCAUUAAUGAUAUUUGAAUUAUGAUUUGAUUUUAUUUCUCGACUUUUUAU